CGUAAAGUUUACGCUGUCGUGUAACAAACAAAUUGGGGAUCCCUUCUUCCCUACUUGGCUCCAAAUUUACUCUCUCUGCAACUCAGAAAAUUAGGGUUUCCAAUUCUCCAGUCCUAUAAAAAGCCCUAAUAAUCGAUUUGAAACAAACUCCUCUUCAUAUAUCCAUAAUAUCCAAUCGUCAAUUCAUUGAGCUUCUUGUCAAUGAUUAAACCCUAUUCACUCACUUGGGUUUAUCUACCAAAGAUCCACUGAAGAUUGAAUUGAAGAUCACACACUGAGUAUAUUAUAGUAGUAUAGGGAGUAAUGGAUAUGGAUGGAAGCAAGCGCAUUUUCCAACGGUUGGGUCCUCAUUCACAAGGAGGGGACAACAACAGUAACAAACAGCAAAAAGUUUGUUUCCAUUGGAGGGCAGGAAGGUGCAACAGAUUUCCAUGUCCUUUUUUGCAUAGAGAAUUACCGGCACCGCCACAUCAGCAGCAACAGCAGCCGCAUAAUGGGAUGCCGUCAUCUUCAUCGAAGCGGCCUCAUGCUUUCUCUUCCGAUUAUGAUAAUCGAGGCAGUGCAGGCGGAGGAGGAAUGCGUAGGAAUCCGAAUUUCAACAAUACAUGGGGGAGAACUGCUGCUGGCGGGGGUGCAGUUGUGAGGAAGAUGGAGAAAGUUUGUAAUUAUUGGGUAAAAGGGAACUGUACAUAUGGUAAUACUUGUAGGUUUUUGCAUUCUUGGACUACUGGCGAUUGCUUUACUUUGUUGACCCAACUCGAAGGCCACCAAAAGGUUGUUACAGGAAUUGCUUUGCCAUCAGGCUCGGAUAAGCUUUAUUCAGGGAGUACGGACAAGACAGUAAGAGUGUGGGAUUGCCAAUCUGGACAGUGUGCAGGAGUUGUCAACUUUGAUGGUGAAGUAGGUUGUAUGCUUAGUGAAGGACCAUGGAUUUUUGUGGGUUUAACUAAUCUCGUCAAGGCAUGGAAUACUCAAACAGGAACUGACCUCAGUCUUGAUGGGCCAGUUGGACAAGUCUAUGCUCUUGUUGUUGGCAAUGAUAUGCUCCUAGCUGGUACAGAGGAUGGGAUAUUAGCAUGGAAAUAUAAUGGGAGCACCAACUGUUUUGAACCAGCUGCACAAUUGAAAGAACACACCCAUCAUGUGGUAUCACUAGUCGUUGGAGCCAACAGACUAUAUUCUGGUUCCAUGGACAAUUCAAUAAGAGUAUGGAACCUUGAAACUAUGCAGUGUCUACAGAUCUUGACAGGUCAUACAAGUGUUGUUAUGUCUGUUCUAUGCUGGGAUCAGUUUCUUUUAUCAUGUUCAUUGGACCAAACAAUAAAGGUCUGGGCUGCUAACGAGAGUGGGAACUUGGAGGUUACGUAUACUCACCAAGAGGAAAAGGGUGUGCUAGCUCUCUGUGGCAUGCAUGAUUCAGAAGCAAAGCCUGUAUUGCUCUGCUCUUGCAAUGACAAAACGAUUCACGUCUAUGAUUUGCCAUCCUUUUCCGAGAGGGGGAAAAUAUUCUCGAAGGAGGUCGUUCGUCGAAUUGAGAUCGGUCCUGGUGGUUUAUUUUUUACCGGUGAUGAAUCAGGUCAACUUAGAGUUUGGAAGUGGUUAACUGAAUCCAGCAGUACAGCUUGAGAGGAUUGCUGCAUCUAUAGUGAUAAUAUCCUUGUUAUUGGCCAGCAGUUAUCUUGUUAUUCUUCUCCUGUUGAGAAAAUGUACCAAGCAAGGGAAUAUAUAAUAAGAUAAAGUAGUAUCAGUUUUGAUUUUUCAGAGGUAGGACUCCAGGUCACGUCCUAGCAGCCCGGCUUAGGAGCCUUGCCGUUUUUGUUGCUUUUAACUAUUGAGCUCUUGAUGGGAUCCAGGCAUAUUUUUUCUUAGUCUGGUUUGUACUCAAAAUCAUAUGAUAUUCAUGUAAUUCUCUGGAGGACAUUUCUGGUCUUCUCCUCUUGAUGAAUCAGGUCGUUCACGAGUUAUGGAUGUAGCUCAAAAAGUCCUUGUGUAACCUUGAAUAAGAUAUGCACGACCAGAAGACUGAAAGCUUGUUCAUUGUGAACUAUGUUUCUAUGAGUGCAAUUCCACCGAGUAGUAUUAUAGAAGUUAGUAUUCCUAGAGAAUGGUAUAGAAUUAUUUCUUA